GGUGUGGCACCUAACCCAUAUGGAUCCCCAACAAGAACUUAAAUUUUUUUCUGUCGAGGGAGCUGUCCCUGUAACGGAAACGUUAAACUUAUUCACGUACUCUGUGGGCGGUUUAUCGGGUAAAUUUCUUAGAAUACCUGCUAGGCACCAGUUUAGACCGGUUUAGACAUCUGCCUCGCCAGCAACUUCACGAUACCCAUAACCAUGUACGGAACCGGUACGGGCACAGGCCCUCAAACGGGCGUUUCUACUCCUAGAUCGUCUUCCUCCCUUCGACCCCUCACUCUUUCUCAUGGAUCUCUCGACGCUUCAUUUCUCGUACCUACCAACCUUCAUUUCCAUGCAUCGCAGCUCAAGGACCGAUUCACAGCCGGUCUCCCCGCGCCAACAGACGAAUUGGCCUUGGACGAUGAGCCCUCAUCCGUAGCUGAGCUUGUCGCAAGAUACAUGGGGUUUGUUGCACACGAAGUUGAAGAAGGGGAAGACGAUGCUCAGGGUUCGUAUGAAGAGGUCUUAAGGCUCGUUCUUAACGAAUUUGAGCGCAUGUUCCUUCGGGGGAACGACGUCCAUACGCUAGCAAAGAAUCUACCAGGUAUUCUUGCUAAGCAAAUCACUGUAGUGCGGUGCUACUAUGUAGCCCGCUCAGUAGCGAACCGUGCGAUCAGACCGCAUGAAUCUGCGCUCCUCAGAGCUGCCGACGAAGGAAGCGCCGGCAUUUACAGCAUCUUCGGUGGCCAAGGAAAUAUUAUCGAAUACUUUGACGAACUUCGUGAAGUAUACGAGACAUACCCGUCAUUCGUGGGUGAGCUAGUUGCUACAUCCGCCGACCUUCUGCACACCCUAGCUCUUGAUCCUAGGACAGACAAGUUGUACGCAAAAGGACUUGAUGUGAUGGAAUGGCUUCGCUCUCCGGACACAACCCCUGACCCCCAAUACCUAAUAUCCGCCCCUGUGAGCUUGCCGUUAAUCGGAUUGGUGCAACUAUGCCACUAUCAAGUCCUCGGGAAAGGCCUUGGUGUACAUCCUGGAAUACUACGUGAUCGUAUCCGUGGCGCAACUGGUCACUCUCAGGGCGUCAUUGUUGCCGCUGCCACUGCCGCCGCAGAUUCAUGGGAGUCGUAUGAAAAAUUAGCUAAGGACGCCUUGACAAUCCUAUUCUGGAUCGGUGCUCGUAGUCAACAAGUAUUCCCUAGAACUUCGUUGACUCCUGCUAUGCUUCAGGAUUCUAUUGAUAAUGGUGAAGGGGACCCGACGCCCAUGUUGAGCAUCCGAGAUCUUCCCCAGAGCGAAGUGCAGAAGCACAUUGAUGCCACAAACCAGUACCUUCCAGAAGACCGCCACAUCGCCAUAUCUCUCAUCAACAGUCCUAGAAACAUGGUUGUUACUGGCCCACCAAUUUCUUUGUAUGGUUUGAAUCUCCAGUUGCGAAAGGUCAAGGCGCCCACAGGCCUUGACCAAACUCGAAUCCCUCAUACACAGCGGAAAGUUCGAUUUGUCAACCGUUUCUUACCCAUCACUGCGCCCUUCCAUAGCAAGUAUCUUUCCGAUGCAACAAAAUUGAUCGACGAAGAUCUUAAAGAUAUCACCAUUGAUUCAUCUUCCCUGGGAAUCGCCGUCUACAACACGUGCUCUGGUGCUGAUUUAAGGGAUGAAGUCGAGGGUGAUAUUGUGCCCUCCUUGAUCCGCAUGAUCACGCGAGACCCCGUGAACUGGGAAAAAGCAACUAUCUUCCCAGAGGCGACCCAUGUGUUAGAUUUUGGCCCUGGUGGCAUUUCUGGCCUUGGCAUAUUGACGAGCCGUAACAAGGAAGGCACAGGGGUGCGUGUCAUUCUCGCUGGUACUAUCGACGGUGCUGCACAAGAGGUGGGUUACAAGUCCGAACUCUUCGACCGCGAUGAGGAACAUGCCGUGGUGUAUGCCAAUGACUGGGUUAAAGAGUAUGGCCCUCGGUUAGUUAAAACAUCGAGCGGCCACACUUAUGUAGACACCAAAAUGAGUCGAUUGCUCGGUGUCCCUCCAAUUAUGGUUGCUGGUAUGACGCCUGCUACAGUUCCGUGGGACUUCGUUGCUGCGACAAUGAAUGCCGGAUACCAUAUUGAAUUGGCCGGCGGAGGUUAUUAUAAUGGCAAGACGAUGACUGAGGCGCUGUCACAAAUUGAAAAGGCCAUUCCAGCUGGACGAGGAGUUACCAUUAACUUGAUCUACGUUAAUCCCCGGGCUAUGGGCUGGCAAAUUCCUCUCAUUGGACGAUUGAGGGCCGAGGGUGUCCCUAUUGAGGGCUUGACUAUCGGUGCAGGUGUGCCGUCUAUUGAAGUUGCUCAGGAGUACAUCGAGACUCUCGGAUUAAAGCACAUCGCUUUUAAGCCAGGUUCUAUGGAGGCGAUUCAAGCAGUAAUCAACAUUGCCCGAGCAAACCCGACAUUCCCCAUCAUCCUACAGUGGACCGGUGGACGUGGAGGUGGUCACCAUUCAUUUGAGGAUUUCCAUCAACCAAUUUUACAGAUGUACGCCCGCAUCCGACGUUCGGACAACAUCAUUCUUGUUGCCGGCAGUGGUUUCGGUGGUGCUGAAGAUACAUAUCCCUACCUCACGGGUGAAUGGUCUAAAAAGUACGGCUACCCAUCCAUGCCUUACGAUGGCUGCCUCUUUGGUAGCCGUAUGAUGGUUGCAAAGGAAGCCCAUACGAGCAAGGCCGCCAAACAAGCCAUCAUAGACGCCACAGGUCUUGACGAUGAUUCAUGGGAGCAGACAUACAAGGGUCCGGCCGGUGGUGUCAUCACCGUUCGAUCAGAAAUGGGUGAACCUAUUCACAAACUCGCCACCCGCGGUGUUAAGUUCUGGGCAGAGAUGGACAACAAAAUUUUCAGCUUGCCAAAGGAAAAACGGGUUGCUGAGCUGAAAAAGCAUCGUGAAUAUAUUAUCAAGAAGUUGAAUGAUGACUUCCAGAAAGUUUGGUUUGGGCGAAACAAGGCUGGUCAAACUGUUGACCUCGAAGAUAUGACUUACGGCGAGGUUGUGCGACGAAUGGUAGACCUCCUUUAUGUCAAGCACGAGUCGAGGUGGAUUGACCCAUCUUUCGCCAAGCUCACAGGUGACUUUAUCCAUCGUGUUGAGGAACGAUUUACUCUCAACGCUGGUCACCCAUCGUACCUACAGACCUAUUCCCAACUGAACGAACCGUUUUCUGCCGUGGAAAAAAUUCUUGCCCAAUAUCCGGAGGCCGAAACCCAGAUUAUAAAUGCUCAGGAUGUUCAGCAUUUCUUACUCUUAUGCUCACGCCGUGGCCAAAAACCAGUGACUUUUGUUCCAUCUCUCGAUGAAAACUUCGAAUUUUUCUUCAAGAAGGACUCUCUAUGGCAAUCGGAGGAUCUUGAGGCCGUCAUCGAUCAAGACGUCGGACGUACUUGUAUUUUGCAGGGUCCUACUGCUGUCAAGUACUCGACUGUAAUAGAUGAGCCUAUUAAAGACAUCCUAGACAACAUCCACAACACCCACAUCGCCAAUUUGACAAGAGAUGUAUAUGCAGGCAAACCGGAGUCCAUCCCGGUCAUUGAGUAUUUCGGCGGCAAGCUCAUUGACACUGAGAUGCCUCUGGAUAUCGAAGGUCUUACAGUAUCUUACGAUCAGCACAAAAACACAUAUCGUCUAUCAUCUUCCCCCGGUGCUGCUCUCCCUCCCCUUGAUAGCUGGCUUGCACUUCUAGCGGGCCCGAAUCGCAACUGGCGCCAUGCCCUUUUUACCUCUGAAGUCCUGGUACAGGGCCACAAGUACCAGACAAAUCCAAUGAAGCGGAUUUUCGCACCGGUUCGUGGUCUCUUCGUGGAGAUUUUGUAUCCCAACGACCCAACCAAGACAUCAAUUAUCGUGCGCGAACAACCACGGCACAAUCAUUACGUCGAUGUCAUUGAAGUCAAGUUAAAUGGCAAACGCGAGAUUAUGGUCAACAUGAUAAAAGACACUAGUGCUCUCGGCCAACCGGUAUCAUUACCCCUUAAAUUCACGUACCAGCCUGAAGCCGGAUAUGCACCGAUCCAUGAAGUCAUGGAAGGGCGAAAUGACCGCAUCAAGGAAUUUUACUGGCGUGCGUGGUUCGGAGAUGAAACCCUUGAUCACGAUACCCCCGUCACCAGCAAGUUUGAUGGAGGAAGGGCCACUAUCACUAAAGAAGCCAUCAAUGAUUUCGUGCAUGCCGUUAGCAAUACCGGUGAAGCAUUUGUUGACCGUCCUGGAAAGGAGAUGUUUGCUCCCAUGGACUUUGCCAUCGUUGUCGGAUGGAAGGCUAUCACAAAGCCUAUCUUCCCUCGAAACAUCGAUGGCGAUCUUCUUAAGCUUGUGCAUCUUUCUAAUGGUUUCCGGAUGAUGCCCGGUGCCGACCCUCUAAAGAAGGGAGACGAAGUAAAGACUACUGCUCAAAUCAACGCCGUAAUUAAUCAGGAGUCUGGCAAGAUGGUUGAGGUCUGUGGCACUAUUUAUAGAGAUGGUAAGCCUGUUAUGGAGGUUACGUCACAAUUCUUGUAUCGUGGUGUUUACACCGAUUACGAAAACACCUUCCAACGUAAGAUGGAAACACCGAUGCAAGUCCAUCUCGGCACCUCGAAGGAUGUUGCGGUCCUGAAGUCAAAAGACUGGAUUCAAUUCGACAAUAACGACAUCGAACUCCUUGGUCAGACGCUGACAUUCCGUCUUCAGAGCUUCUACAAGUUCAAGAAUAAGACCGUCUAUAGCAGUGUUGAGACGAGUGGUCAAGUGCUACUCGAGCUCCCUACUAAGGAGAUUAUUCAAGUCGCGAGUGUCGACUACGAAGCUGGUGCGUCUCACGGCAACCCAAUUGUUGACUACCUCGAACGCCACGGCUCUUCUAUUGAGCAGCCAAUCAACUUCGAGAAUCCCAUCCCUCUUAGCGGCAAGUCGCCCUUGCAGCUAAAGGCGCCCGCUUCCAAUGAGACGUAUGCCAAGGUGUCCGGCGACUACAACCCGAUUCACGUUUCUCGUGUCUUCUCCAGCUAUGCCAAUCUUCCUGGUACUAUCACCCACGGGAUGUACUCAAGUGCUGCUGUGCGAGGUCUAGUAGAAACUUGGGCAGCGGAAAAUAACGUAGGCCGUGUUCGCAGCUUCCACGCUUCCCUUGUCGGUAUGGUACUACCCAACGACGAUAUUCAAGUUAAGCUUCAGCACGUCGGAAUGAUUGGUGGCCGCAAGAUUAUCAAGGUUGAAGCGAGCAAUGAGGAGACCGAAGAAAAGGUACUUCUCGGAGAGGCCGAGGUUGAACAACCCGUUACAGCAUACGUAUUCACCGGGCAAGGCUCUCAGGAGCAGGGUAUGGGUAUGGACUUGUACAAUACUAGCCCUGUGGCUAAGGAGGUAUGGGAUAGGGCCGACAAGUAUCUCCUUGACACAUAUGGCUUUUCGAUCUUGAAUAUCGUCAAGAACAACCCGAAGGAGCUAACUAUUCAUUUCGGUGGUCCCCGAGGCAAAGCCAUCCGUGAAAACUACAUGCAAAUGAACUUCGAAACCAUCGCUGCGGACGGCUCUGUCAAAUCCGAACGCAUUUUCAAGGAGAUCAAUGAAAAGACAACAUCAUACACAUACCGUUCUCCUACUGGUCUUCUAUCAGCAACUCAGUUCACACAACCCGCUCUCACUCUUAUGGAGAAAGCCAGUUUUGAAGACAUGAACGCCAAGGGUCUUGUACCGCGAGACAGCACCUUCGCCGGCCACUCUCUAGGCGAAUAUUCUGCUCUUGCCGCGUUGGCAGAUGUGCUACCUAUUGAGUCCUUGGUCUCUGUUGUCUUCUAUCGUGGAUUGACUAUGCAAGUUGCCGUGGAGCGAGAUGCCCAAGGUCGUUCGAACUACUCCAUGUGCGCUGUCAACCCUAGCCGAAUCUCAAAGACGUUCAGUGAAAGCGCCCUCCGAUAUGUGGUUAGUAAUAUUGCCGAGGAGACGGGUUGGCUAUUGGAGAUUGUCAACUACAAUAUUGCCAACAUGCAGUAUGUCUGUGCUGGUGAUCUUCGCGCCUUGGAUACUCUCACCGGAGUCUUGAACUUUUUGAAGUCGCAGAAGGUGGACAUCAACCAACUUCGCCAGGAUCUGAGCAUCGAAGAGGUGAAGGCACACCUUGUCGACAUUAUCAAAGGCUCUGCCCAGCAGACUUUAACCAAGCCUCAGCCUAUAGAGCUGGAGAGGGGAUUCGCCACGAUCCCUCUCAAGGGUAUCGAUGUGCCAUUCCAUUCGACGUUCUUGCGAUCAGGUGUCAAGCCUUUCAGAAAUAUCCUACUCAAGAAGAUCAACAAAACUUCCAUCGACCCCGCUAAAUUAGUUGGGAAGUACAUUCCUAACGUAACGGCACGACCCUUCGAGCUCACGAAAGAAUAUUUCCAGAACGUGUAUGAUCUAACAGGGUCACCGAAGAUCGCCCAGAUCCUACAGGACUGGGAGAGUUAUCAGGACGAAGUAAAUGGUGUUAAUGGUGUGAGCGCACCUAUACAGGUGAAUGGCCACUAAGGACUUUAGACCUGCGUGGGGCAUACAUGAAAGCGCCUUAGAGCGGCGCGGGGGAAUGUGAUGAUGACGGGACAGCAUUAUGCGGAUUGUGUUUUAUACUCGUUGUAUUCUCUAAUUCUGUGCUAUUACGUCGGUGAUGUCCGGAUGGAAACUCGGUGUUGGUUUUAUGUCCUCAUAGAUAUACUUGGAAGUUUAGACAAAACCUUCCAACACAAUGAACAUUCGAUGCUUUUA